AUGAACGCGUUCGUUUUUUUUGAAAACUUAAUGGGUCAAUUAACACUUCUGGUGUUCUUUCUGUCCGCUUUUUCUCGGUUCUGGGGAAAAAUUGUUCUUUUUUUCCUUCGGGAAUGUAUGACUGCUCUCGUGUCUCCUGUUUGGCUCUUAGUCAAUGCUGGUCGGCCACGACACCGAAAUCCACCGGUGCCAAUUGGUGAGAUCUUUGUCCUUGGUGAGCAUGGCAUUCAGCCCAUCACCGCCAUCACCGAAGCAUCUGUUGUUUCUUUGUCCUCUCCUCCCCUUCCUGUUCGCCUGGCCCCUCCGGCUUCUUCGACUCCUGCCACCAUCAGUUGUUGCCCUUCUUUCUUGGCUUCUCCUCGCCCUCAAGUUACCCAGAAACCAAGACGUUGUUAUAGCUUGGAUUGUGCUUGUGUGGCAGGACUUCCUUGUCUGAGUGAUGGUUUGGUUCCGGAGCGAUGUCCUCUCCCACGCCAGAAUCCUUUUGCCCCUUCUUUGUCUUUGGUUUGUGCCGUGUGGCAAAAAGAAGUAGCUUUGGGACCUGCUCGUGGUUCUUCUGCUGUUGGUUUGGACCCUCGUUGUGAGGCCAUUACUCCUCUGUGCCGUCGUGAGGAUUCCGCGGCUUCUGUCUCUUCGUUGGUGUCCCCUCUCGGUGACUGCCCUUCCCUUGCGGUUUCUUUCCCUUCGGGGGAUAACGCAUUCCCAGCGGUUUCUUUCCCUUCGGGGGAUAACGCUGUGGUAGCGGUUUCUUCUCCUCCUGGAGAUAACGCUUCCUUCGCGGUUUCUUCCCCUUCGGGGGAUAACGCGUCCCCAGCGGUUUCUUUCCCUUCGGGGGAUAACGCUGUAGUAGCGGUUUCUUCUCCUACUGGAGAUAACGCUUCCUUCGCGGUUUCUUUCCCUUCGGGGGAUAACGUGAUCCCCUGCGAGCCUUCUUUGAUGGAGAGUAUUGCUUCCUUUUUGGUGACUUCUUCCCUGGAAGAUGACAUUGAUCCAGCGGUUUUUUCCCCCAUUGGGGAUAACGCUUCUCCUUCCGUCGUUGGUGGUCCGUCGGUCGGUUUCGGUUGUUUGGAAGUACCUCCUCCUUCUCCCUGUUUGGACGUGGGUCUGGAAUGGCCAGAUGUAGGUUCUCUCUCACCUUCUCUGGUGCAUCCUUUCUCUGCUCUUGCCUCUCCCGUUGUGGCACCUCCCUCCUUCUCUCCCGUCUCGGCUGAAGGAUUGGUAUUGGAGGAGUUGGAAUCACUCCAGCCUUCCUCGGUGAAUUUGGCAUCGCCCGCUUUUUUCCCUCGGCCUUCUCUCCGUCUCUCUUCUGCUGGUGCGCCUUCCGAGGAAUUGCGCUCUCCAUCGCUCUCUCCUCUCCUCAGAAAGGGUAAUCUCGCUUCGCCUGUUUUUCGCCCGCCUCCCACCUUCCGGGAAUUAGUGGAUGCUGCUACCUUGCCUGUAGGAAUGUCUUUACUUCCGAAGACUCCGGAUUGGUCACCUGUUGCCUCCUCGUCUGCUAUUGAGGAUACACAGGUAGGAGCAAAAAGAAGAUCUCGUUCUCCUUCUCCCCCUUUCUCACCUCGUCGACGGGUCGGCUCUCUUCCUGCUGAGGACACGUUUUCGCUGCCUCCUCCAGCUCUUUCUUCUUCUGUCUCUGCUGUUGUGGCUUCUUCGCCUUCUGCGGUGUCUUCGGCUUUUUCUGCUGCGUCUGUGGCCACAGUUGCUGCUACCCCUUCGUCUGUGUUUUCUGCUGCUGCGGUUGCCUCUGUAGCUAUCGCUUCUUCUUCCUCUUCGCCGGUGGUUUCUGAUGCUCCUGCUGCCUCUGCAGCCAGUGUUGCUUCCUCCCCUGUGCCAGUGCCUUUUUCUUCUUGCUUCCCUCUCGUUGAGCCUGUGUUCCCUUGGUGGAACUUAAGGUAUGAGAAAUUUAGGGACCCAUUGGGCAAAACAGCCUUUUCAGAGCCGAAAGAAAGAAGAAAAUCUUUCUUCACUCGUCCUCCUGGCCGUUCGAGAUUGUAA